AUGUCUAACCCAUUCGAUUUAUUAGGUAACGAUGUCGAAGACCCAAACGUCGUCGUCCUUCCACCUAAGGAAUUAGUCAAGAAGAACACCUCUUCUAAGAAGAACGAUGUCCCACCACCAUCUGCCAACCCAGCUAGAGCUAGCAAAAAUAGACCAGCUAAGCCAACUGGUAACGAAGGUGCCAUCAGAGACAAAUCUGCUGGUAGAGGUAACAACAGAUCUAGAGAUGUCUCUUCAUCUGCUGCCGCCAGAAAGACCAACACUAGAAGAGCUACUGAUCGUCAUUCCAGAUCCGGUAAGGUCGACACUGAAAAGAAGGUCAACCAAGGUUGGGGUGAUGACAACAAGGAAUUGUCUGCUGAAGAAGCUGCUGAAGCUGAUGCUGAAGCUGAAAUUGCUGCCGAUGCUGAAGAAAAGGAAAAGGCUUCCAAGCAAAUGUCCUUGCAAGAUUACUUGUCCACCGUUAACACUGAUUUGAACAAGGUUCCAGAAGUUACUAAGAACAUUAACGCUUUGGAAGGUGCCGAAUUAUUCGUUAAGGAAGAAGAAGAAUACGCUCCAGCUACUAAGGUUAAGAACGUUAAAUCCAAGCAAUUGAAGACCAAGAACUUCUUGGACUUCAGCGCUACUUUCUCUGAUGCUUUACCAAAGGAAAGAAAGAACUUUGGUGGUAGAGGUGGUAGAGGUGACAGCCGUCGUGGUGGUAGAGGUGGUAAGAACAACAACAGAGGUGGUAACAACGCUAACCCAGUUGAAAAGAACCGUUCUAUCGACACUUCUAACUUGCCAUCUUUGGCUUAA